CAACAAUGCCACUGAUUCAUAAUGCUGUGUCUUUUAAUCAUCUUAAGCUUCAUAAUUGGAGCUUAUCCUUCAGAUAUUGUUGCACAAGGAGACAAAACUGCUUUGUUCGGACAGGAUGCUUCACUAUCUUGCACAUGGCCAAGCGCGUCUGGAGUCAAUCAAGUCACUUGGCAGCGGGUGAGGGCUGAUGAAGGCGUUCAAAAUGUGGCCACAUUCAGCGAACGCUUCAAGGAUCAUGUUGAUGAUCAGUAUGUCGGAAAAGUCAGCUUCACCAUGGCUUCAUUAAAUUCAACGUCCAUUGUGAUAAAAAACGUAACAUUUGAAGACGAGGCUUGCUACAUUUGUUCAUUCAAAGCGUAUCCAUUAGGACCCAAAAGGGAAACUCUGUGUCUCACUGUUAAAGGUAUAGCUAAAAUAACAGCAACAGUCAAUCCUGCACCCAAUUCUGAACCAGAUAUUAUAGUCUCAUGUUCAGCCACUGGUAAACCUACACCAAUACUCAAGUGGAAAUCCACAGAGAAAGAGUUGAACCUCAAACUCUUAAGGUCCCACAAUUUCACAACGCUCAACAAUGACAGCUCAUCCACCACUACAAUUAACCUCACACUUCCAAUGUCACAGUUCCAAGGGAAGUAUGUAGAAUGUUUGGCUGAAAGUGGCAGCAUGGAGGACAGUCUCCCAAUCUAUGUGCCUGGAGAUGAAAAAGUGAACAAUGUUACAUCAAGAAGCUAUAUCAUUACAAUUUGGGUCUUCGUUAUUGUGGUUAUUUUUAGUAUUGUCAUCAUUACAGUCAUCUACCUUCACACCAGGCUAAAUGGAUCCAUGUUUAGGAUGAAAUCUACAGAAUCAGAUCUUUCUCUAAAGCAGUUGGAAUGUUAACUCAGCAGCUAAAGUACCACAGAUUAUGCAUCUUUGGCUUGUAACCAUUGUGAAUGUGCACCAGUUUGUUCUUUAAAGGAAAUCACUAAUGAAAAAGUAUUUAGGAUUAUUGCCUAGUUUUAUUAUUUUAAUUUUUUUUUAUUAUUAUUAGUUUAGUAAGUUAUUUAUUUAUUUGAAAUAAUUAUUACAUUUUAGUGUACAGUAUUCUACUGAAUAAAUAUGGCUACAAAUGUAGCAGUUAUUGUACUUUUUACAUGUCAUGGAAAUUAGAUCACUCCUUGGAGAUAGUGUUGCGGUCAUAUCUAUGAAAACUUUAUUUAUAUACCUUGAAAUUCUCAUGGGCUCAUGCAUUUGCACUUUAAAACCUUUUUUUUAUUGUUAUGCUACACUAAAUAUUUUGUGUUCUUCGUCUUUUUUUUUAUUUUUAUUGUUUCAUAUUUAUUGGAGUUGAAUUUGCAACAGUAACUCAUAGCAUAAAGCAAUGUAAACAAAUUAUUGGGUUUUGUUUUAACACAAUGAAAAUGCUAUUUAUAUGUUUGACUGUAUGUCUUGAUGUCUUCCCACAAUCCUUUGUCACAAAUCAUAGUGGUAUUGUUUUUGAGCAAUGAGGGUCAUUUGAAUGAACAUUAUGAAUCAAUACUAAGAGAGGAGCCAACCCUGUUUUCAGGAAAGUGAAAGUUACAGUACAGCAUGUGGCUUAUAGACAGAUAAAGUGAAAGUUAUGUGGUUUAUAGAAAUGAAAAGGAAAAGCUACAUUCCUAGAAAUGUCACCUCUCCCAAAACAUUUAAUUCAUGCUUCAAAACCUAGUUAUUGUGUCAGUAAAUUGGCCAAUGCAUAAGGAGAGCUGUGACUCCAAUGGCUAAGAGGGGGCAAAGAAUGAUAAUGUUGUGCACAUAACAAUGCCAACAAAAUGAUAAAUUUUUUUGUCAUUGUGUAAGCCGUACCCUGGAAAUAUUCGUAAUAUACACAUUUCAUUUUUGUUGACAAUGACUGCUUACUGUACUAUACAAGAAUGUCAGUUUUGUCUAGUGGAAUGCUAUUGUGUAUCUGGGCUUUUUAGAUACUGAUUUCAAAGUUUAAAUAAAAGUCAAUACUCUACAACACUGUAGUACACAGAAAAAGGAAAUGCACAUCUGUAUGUAUACAGUAAAUGUUUUUUUGUAGCAAUGUGUUACAUGUAAACAGCAAAUUCACAUUUGCAUGUCCAUUCUUACACAUUUCUUACAUGUAAAGUCAUAUACAGUGAACAGAAAAUUGCCACAAAAUGACAUCCAUUAAAAAAAAUAAAUAAAAUAAAAUGUGUACCUCCUCACAGUAUGUAACACUACAAGAUCCCAUCUUCUUGGUGGACAUCAUGUCACUCUUGUUGGUCUGGCCAGAGAGUUAGAAGAUAUCACAAACAUUCCAUGUCAUAGAUAUUUAUGGAAUAUUCAUGUAUGUCUGACAGAUUUUGAUAAAUGAAUGGAUCAAUUAAAGAAUGUUUAGAAGUUGUGAAGAGUAUGACCAUUUCACUGAGAAUUAACCCAUCAGUUUUGA